UGACAUCCUAACACACAGCAAUUAGUUAUUCUGCAGUUAGCUGUCAGAAAGUCUGAUUCCUGCAGUGAUGUUUUUAGAAACAUUAACAUUUCUUACCCAGACUCUGACGAGGGCGACCUUCUUGCUGGUUUUACUAACAGCUGGAAGUGGAGAUGCUCAAUCCCGCUGCACAAGUCGCCGAUGUCUGGCUGAAAUGUUGAUAAAUAAAAAUAUUUCCUCUCAGCCACAGUAUGAAAACUGCACCCAUGUGAUACGUGUCCCCUUAAUGGAGUACCAAACUCUGUCAGUUGACACAAAGAAUCUCCGUCUAAUCAGCCGUCUGCAAGCAACUGUCGUAUGGAGAGAUCGUGAGUUGGCGUGGGACACGUCGAUUUACAAUUAUGAAGAAGUGAUCCUGCCGGUAGAUACAAUCUGGACCCCAGAGCUCCAUGUGACAAAUGGAAUAUUAACAACUAUGGAGCACAGCUCCCGUGAUCUGCUGGCGUACAGCAACGGCACCGUGAAGCACACUGUGAUCAUCAACGCUGAGGUGAACUGUGAGGUCAAUCUGUUCAACUACCCCUUUGCUGCUGAUGAGUGUCCUGUCGCUAUCCAAGCCUGGUCCGUCGACGGAUGUGGCACAGAGCUGGAACUGGGCCAUCUGAGGAGCGUUGAUAGCACCCACGGAGACUGGAAAACCGACAGGGUGGACUAUCAGAAAAAGAGAGACGACCGCAAUUACAUCAUGGUGUCACUGAGCAUCAAAUACACCAACCCCUUCAUCACGUUACUGCUGCCCACGAUCCUGAUCCUCCUGGCUGAUGUGGUCAGCUUCGCCCUGCCACUGGGAGGCGGCGAACGCAACUCAUUCAAGGUCACUCUGGUGCUCAGCUUCACCAUGUUCCUCGGCAUCCUCAACAACAAGCUCCCCGGAGACAGCGAGUGCAGCCCCAUCAUCCGAACCCACUUCUGUGUUUGCCUGGUGCUUUUGGUGCUGAGCAUGCUGGUGUCCCUGGUUCUGACUCGGGUGGCCAAAGAUGGCGGCUUCAUUUUCUGCUGCUGUCCAAAGCGGUCAGGCCCCAAAAACACAGGAAACAAGGACGACGAAGAGGAUGACGAGGCCAAAGCCGACAUCAGUGUGGUUCAGCUGAGUGGCUCGGAGGAGUCCAAUAAGAUGCUCAGGAUGGUGGUAAACUUCCUGCAAGCAUGGGAAGCCAAGGGAGAGGAGAGUGAGAGAAACAUGGAGCUUGCCAACAUGCUGGACCAGACCUUUUUCUGGUUCUAUUUAGUUUUAGGCAGUGUCUAUUUCAUUUCCAUGACUUGUGUGAUGGUAAAGUUCACAUGUACAGUGAACCAUUUUGAUUUCUGGUACUAAUAUUGGACCAUCCUCCACUUUAAUAUACUUUUGCAAGAUCAAAUAAAACGAAAGAAUUUAAAUGCAAAGACAGAUGCAAAUCCCAGCACACAUUUGUUGUGGUGCUGAUUUGUACAUUUUCAUGUUUGAUGUGUUUUGGCAUGUUUCUGAAAAUGAGAAAUAAAUCUCACCCUUUGAUUUUUCUUCUACUGAAAAAAAAUAAACUUCAAGAAAUACAGGGCUAAUACAAAUAAAGUGAUGCUUUGUUGCCACCUAGUGGUUGAAUUCUUUACAGCAUUUACC